AUGCUGCGUCUAAUGAGCCACCUCCAAGCUCAAAUCCACUCGCACCUCCGCAUGCACCUAUCCAAAGGCUACAAUCUCAGCACGGCUUCCAGUCCCUAUCUAGACCAUCUCUAUCUUCUUCAAUGGUUUCUUGGUUGGCUGGAGACCUGUUGCAUGCACAGAAAGUUUUUCAACAGCAACAGCAGGGAGCACAAAUGCACCGUUCUUCCGCUCCACCUCCAUUGUGCAUGUUCUUUCGAAAGGUUGGAAUUUGCCGAUUCGGCGACAGGUUAG